ACACGAGGCCUAAAUCAAUGGCGGAGUCUGACACAGUGACGCCAAAAUCGGAUGAAUCGCGAGAAGAGGCAAUACCGGAGGCAGAAUCAGCAGCCGAGGCGGCGGCAGCAGAAAAAGCGACAUCAUCAGAACCACACGUAGUCCAAGAGACGUGGUCGAAGCUCGGACGUGAUGUGCUCAUCGACAAGAUCAAGGGAGUUAUAUACGGGCAGGCACUAGGAGAUGCCAUGGGUUUGGCGACAGAGUUUAUGUCACGUGAUCAGGCAAAGCGUGCAUAUGGAUUGAAGGGACCGUCGAGUUUUGAAGAAAUCGUCAACGAUUUUCAUCGCAGUCGUUGGCUGAAGGGAGACUGGACUGACGACACCGACCAAAUGUUAUUGAUCCUAAUUGGAGCCAUUGAAAACAAAGGUCAAGUCCUGGAGAAAGACUUCGCAGCCAGGCUAUUAAAAUGGAUGCAGAGUGGCUUCCCUGAGCUCGGCGACUUCGGUGGCAUGGGAGUGGGCAGUACGGUCUUGCGUACCGUGAUAAGCAAGGAGUUUUGUGAAGAUCCUCACACAGCGGCAUACAAAGUCUGGGAAGAAUCCGGGAAGUAUCUGGCUGCCAAUGGUGCUAUCAUGAGAACAAGCGUGUUGGGCGUGUUGAAUUUCAAUGAUCUACCUCAGGUCAUUGAAAACACGAAAAAGAUUACGCUCGCAACACACGCUGAUCCUCGAUGCGUGGCCAGUUGUGUAGCCGUUACGACAGCGAUUGCCAUGAUGCUGCAAGGAUGUUAUGAUACCAACAAAGCAGAUGAACUAAAGUCGAUGGUGGAACAGAGCGUACAGUUGGCCAAGUCCGAAUUAGAAGACAACACAGAAACUAUCAAGGAACUCGAGCGGCACGUCUGGGCAAAGAAAUGGUCAACCCUCGGUCUAGACGAAGAACAAUCAAUAGGCUACACAUACAAAGCUCUUGGUGCAGGCUUCUUCGGUCUCCGAAACUUUUCUAAAUUCGAGAAGGCGAUAUCAGAGUUAGUGAUGCAGGCAGGAGACGCAGACAGUAACUGUGCCGUGUGCGGUGCUCUGUUGGGCUGCAAACUCGGCUACAAUGCUCUUCCGAUCGAACGACUCCAGAUGAUGCCUCAUAUUCGGUGGCUUGACGAUCACGUCGCUCGCUUCCUCGACCUUGUGGGAUUGAGUGAAAAUAGCAACGAAUUGAAAAGCCAUGAAGCCUUAGAGUCAGACGUUUGAGUUCAUAUAAGCAUCAUUUACUUAUACAAGACUUUGGAUUCUGCGAUGUAAUUUGAUUUUUGGCUAAUUGAUUAAGUAAUAUACUGUAACAUUUCA